CAAGAGGAAACUGGCAACCUAAGCCCUGACGACUGGAGAAUAUAUAUAUCCCAGGUCGGGGUCCUCCAGCCAUCAGUCUCUUCCUGUACAAGCCAAGAUGAAAGUCGCUGUCCUCGCCCUACUGGUUGCCGUGGCUGCUGCCGCCCCUGACUCUCCUCGCUAUGGGGAAUACUCAAGCGAAGAGAUCCCCAUCCUGGUGGACGAACGUAUCCAGGAGGAUGACGGCAGAUACAACUAUGAAAUAAAAACUGGCAAUGGCAUCUCCCUCUCCCAGUCUGGUUCCCCUGACGGACCCGAGGGAGCUGUGAUUAAGGCUGGAGAAUACUCCUACACUGCUCCUGACGGCACCCCAGUUCACGUGAAGUUCGUCGCCGACGAGAACGGCUACCAGCCCCAGUCUGACCUGCUGCCAGUGGCUCCCGAGUUCCCCCACCCAAUCCCUCAGUUCGUGCUGGACCAGAUCGCCUUCGCUGCUACAGAGGAACCUCGUCGCUACAGCUACGAUGAUUAGAGUAAAAGCUUCUUCGGUUAUAAGAAGUCGACCGCAAGGCUCUUGUUGAAAGUGAACAGGGUUCAGGACAUGUCCUAACCCUUGGCAAAUCCAUCCCUCGAGCAGCCACGGUGUUCCCCAUCAAACAAGUGCCCCCACCUGAUUGAUUAUGCGAGUGUUACGUUCUGUCUUAUUAACUUAUUGGAAUGAAUUUGUAUUUAUUUCUACUUGUUUGUUCGCCAUGCAAAGUGCAAAAUAAACCUGGUAAUUCUUA